UCAUAAAGUAGAGAGAGAAAGAGAUAAACAUUUUAAUGGGAAAUUGCGUCGUUAAAGGUGCGACCGUCACCUCUGCCGAUCCACCACCUGAAGCUUACAACAAAUUUAUCCGAAUAAUCUCCGCUUCCGGUAACGUCAUCGAGUUCCAAGGCCCCAAACUCGUUUCAGAUAUUCUUAACAACUUCCCAAACCAAAUCAUUUACAGUCGGCCAGACAGGUCAAACCCAUUGCCGGACCACGAAAACCUCGUUCCUGGCCAAUCUUACUAUAUCUUUCCGAUUCCGACCAAAUCCGCCAUUAAAGAACCUGAGGAGGAGGAGAAGAUUGAGCCGGUGAGGGUUUCUAGUUCUAGUGCCACAUUGGAUGUUAUAGCUCCACAAUUGGCCGAUAUGUCGGCGAUGGAGGUUCUGAAAUUUCCUCGGAAGGGUGUUUGGAAGGUAAAAUUAGUGAUUAGUAGUAAGCAGUUGGAGGAGAUCUUGGCGGAAGAGGUUAACACGGAGGCUUUGAUUCAGCAAAUGAGAAUGGCGGCGGUUACAGCCGGCGGCGCAACCCAGAAACGAAGUAAGAAAGGCCGGGAGCUAAGCUUCAUCAGCUGGAAAGGGAUUAUUGAUCGUAUUUUUAAGGUGCAAAGUAGUCUUCAUGAUGAUGACCAUAGCCGGCGAAGUGGAGAGUCGUUGGAGUCUUUUUCCGGCGCUAAAAGUUGAUUU